CUUUUAUGCACAGGGCUGCCCUUUAUCUUCCAAUGAUGCAGGAAUGUGAGGGAUGCUGAGUGUCCACCUGAUUCACUGCUUUGCGCCCGGGGGAGGGUCUCCAAGUCUCCACUCUGGCUGCCAUAACACGGCUCAGCUCAGGCAGGCAGGUGGGCCGGCGGGGGUGAAGCGCAUCCUCGGAGAGAUCUGCUGGAAACAUGAUCAUCAGGGGAACAUAAACGCGUUAUUCGUCUACGGUCAGAUGAUAAGACAACUCCAUGUGUUUUGUGUUAUCCUUCAAAUGACAUAACAAAAGAGGCAGGCGUCGGGUCCGUGCAGGAAAGACACUAGCCGACAUCAUCAGCCGCUGCGCCGUGUGAGGCGAGGUCAUCGCAGAGUAGCCUACCACGGUUCCCAUGGACCCCUGCGCCUUGAUCCCAAUCUAAAGCGCUGAAAACGACAUCAGGCCCCGCCACCAACCUCAGUCAUUACUUCACCCAGUACUAUUAUCGAUAUCUCAGAGAGGAUGUGAGUAGGAGAAUGACUGAGGCUAUAAAACCUCAAUAAGUCCAACCAAGAAAAGAAGUGGAAUCACAUGGCUGCUAUGGACUGACGGGUCAACUGAUACCAGAUCACACUGGCUUUGCUUGGAAGUUGACAAUGGUGUUGUUUUUGAUUGGGAUCUCUAUUGCUGUGAAUAAUUCAUCUCAUGAGAACCAAACUGCAGAAACCCCCACCCAUCAGGGUGCUCAUGUGCUGCCCUCAACACUGGUCAUAUCCCUGCUUCUUAUCAUCGUUGUCCUGCUGACAAUCUACUGUCUGAGGUUCAAAAACCACAGGAAAGCUCUUGUUACCUCGGUGGAUAAAAAGAUUCCGAAUGGCUUCUUGGAGGAACAAGGAGAGCAGACAGUGGUCCUCCUCCCCAGAUCUCCCUCGCCAUCCAAGAGAUACUUCCCUAUCCCUCUGGACUCGCUGGAGGAGGAGUACCGGAUACGCUCUGCAGAUGACGGCAAACUCUUCAGAGAGGAGUUCAACUCGCUGCCUUGUUACUACCACCACGGAUCCUUUGAGGAGGCAAGCAGAGAGCACAACAGAGAGAAAAACAGAUACCCAAACAUUUUGCCAUAUGAUCAUUCAAGAGUGUUGUUAAGUCAUCUAGAGGGACAUCCAUGUUCCGACUACAUAAAUGCAUCUUACAUAGAUGGUUUUAAAGAGAAAAACAAAUUCAUUGCAGCUCAAGGCCCGAAGCUUGAGACAGUGGCCGACUUCUGGCGGAUGGUUUGGGAACAGAAAACAGCAAUUAUAGUAAUGCUGACAAAUCUCAAAGAAAGGAAAGAGGAUAAAUGUUAUCAGUAUUGGCCAGAAAAAGGCUGCUGGAUGUACGGGAACAUCAGGGUGGCGAUGGAGGACUUCACUGUACUGGUGGACUACACCAUAAGAAAGUUUUGCGUUCAAUAUCAGGGCAGUGAUGGUCCCCGAGCUCCACGGCUGGUCACCCAGCUCCACUUUACCAGCUGGCCAGACUUCGGGGUGCCAUUCUCACCCAUCGGCAUGCUGAAAUUCCUCAAGAAGGUCAAGGCUAUCAAUCCAUCGUAUGCUGGACCCAUUGUUGUGCACUGCAGUGCCGGGGUGGGAAGGACUGGGACGUUCAUUGUCAUUGACAGCAUGAUCGACAUGAUGCACAUGGAACAGAGGGUGGAUGUCUUCGGCUCUGUGAGCAGAAUACGAGAACAGCGCUGUCAGCUCAUCCAGACAGAUAUGCAAUACUCCUUCAUCUACCAGGCUCUGUUAGAGUACUAUUUGUAUGGAGACACAGAGCUGGAUGUGUGCUCUCUGGAGGGCCAUCUGCAGAGGCUUCACAACACCAGGGCUCCCCACGACAGGCUGGGCCUGGAGGAGGAGUUCAGGGCAGGGCUAAGGCACUAUUUUAUCGCAACCCAGGGCCCACUGUCUCACACAGUGGAGGACUUCUGGAGGAUGGUGUGGGAGUGGAGGUGUCAUUCAAUCGUUACGCUCACCGAACUCAAAGAGAGGGAGCAGGAAAAGUGUUUCCAGUAUUGGCCAUCAGAGGGCAGUGUAACAUUUGGAGAUUAUACUGUGGAGCUGACUGGAGAUGCACAGUGUGAAACCUUUACUCUCAAAGACAUGGUGCUCACCUACAGACCAGAAAAGCAGUCACAACACGUCCGACACUUCCACUUCCACGGAUGGCCUGAGAUCGGAAUACCAGCCGAGGGAAGAGGGAUGAUUGACAUUAUUGCCGCUGUGCAGCGGCAGCAGCAGCAGUCUGGAAACCGUCCCAUAAUUGUGCACUGCAGCGCUGGUGCGGGUCGCACUGGUACCUUCAUUGCCCUCAGUAACAUUCUGGAGAGGGUGAAAGCUGAAGGCCUCCUGGACGUUUUUCAGACAGUCAAGAGUUUACGCAUGCAGAGACCACACAUGGUUCAGACUGUGGAGCAAUACGACUUCUGCUACCGAGUGGUUCAGGAUUUUGUUGACAUUUUCUCAGACUACGCCAAUUUUAAAUAAUAAUGCUGUUUCGACUUGUGCAUUUUUUUUCUGAAUGUUGUUUCCUACAGCAAGCUCUUUUUACAUUUUGCACUUGAUUACAGAUCUAAAGAAAUAAUUGUAACAUACUGUAAUAUAAUUGAAAACAUCUGUACUCCAGGAGAGUCUGUCUCUUUCAGGAAUUCUUGAUCUUCAAGUAUCCCAAUGUAAAAUAUAGAAAUUAUAGUGGUUUAUUAAUAGGUUGGUUGGGAUCUUCAAUAUGUAUAAGUUUUAUGUUGCAGCUU